UGGUCUAAUUACCCACCACCAUAAAAGUAGAGACAGUUACAAGCAGCAUUCAGUAGUGCAGUAUUAACUCCCAAUAGUUCUUUACAUAUAAACCAGAGAGUCACAGAGUCUCAAGCCCUGUCACCUGCCUGUGAUCUGAUCUGAUCUCCCAAAUGGGUUUUGCCAGACUCUUCCUCUUCUUCCUCCUUUUGGUCUUAAACCCAUCUCAUUCCUAUGCUGCUGAGAAUGUGAGUGUGACUCUCUACUACGAGACUCUGUGUCCUUAUUGUGCCGAUUUCAUAGUGAACCAUUUGGCCAAGAUGUUCCAGAAUGGGCUCAUCUCCAUCGUCAAUCUCAGAAUGGUCCCUUGGGGCAACGCUUGGCUCAAUUCCGACGGCUCCUUCGCCUGCCAGCACGGAACAGAUGAAUGCUUGAUCAACACAAUUGAGGCCUGCACCAUCACCAUCUAUCCUAAUGUGAAUCGGCAUUUUACAUUCAUCCACUGCGUUGAGAGGCUCACGUUGCAGAACAAACACAGUAAAUGGGCCGAUUGCUUUGAAAUGUCGAAGUUGGGGACUGUACCUAUCGAUUGCUACAACAGUGGAUAUGGCAAUCAGAUUGAAACGAAAUAUGCAAAGGAAACUGCUCAGCUUAAUCCACCACAUAGAUUUGUGCCGUGGCUGGUUGUCAAUGAUAAACCACUUGCAGAGGACUACGGAAAUUUUAUGGCCUAUAUCUGUAAGGCAUACAAAGGAAAAUCUCCAGAAGCUUGCAGAUCCAUUCGCUACAAGACUGAAUCAAUUGGAAAUGAAAAAUCGAUUCCUCAAGUUUGCCUAGCAGAACAACGAAGAAACUCUACAUCUUAAGCCCAAGGAGCAGACGAUGUGGCAACAAGUUUAUAUUGACAUUCCAUAUGAUAAUUGAACCUAAUGUUCAUUUAUAGGACAUAACUGAAGCUGACCUAUAAUGUAAUAUGGUCUGACAUUGUGUUCUUAUGUUUUGUGUGUGUUUUCAACCCAUGUUUGUUACUGCAUGCUUAAUUAUUAUUGUCAAAAUCUGAGGGCUUUUCACUGCCACCAUCAUGUAUUUAUGAUUGAGAUGAUUAAAUUAUGCAAA